CACACACACACACACACACACACACACACACACACAGACAGCAUCAUCAAGUUGCAUCAGCACCAUGUCAAGCAUGAAUUUCAAGUACACUGCUCAACUAUCAAUGGGCCGUGACUCUCACAGUUGACUCUGCUGGCGGCAUUGGACCCUGGAUGCUAACUGAAGUAUUUUUGAUGAGAGGAAGUUUCCAGGGCAGCUUCAGGACCGCUGCCAUGGCCUUUCUCAUUAUUAGUAAUCCCUACAGUCUGCAUCUAAAACUUUGAAAAUAGGCUUGGGAGGAUGAAGGCACAUCGAAGGAAGCUGGACCACAAACCAAUUAAAAGACUGCAAUGAAUGCUGCUGCUGCUCUUUUGUUUUAUGUCCUUGAAGUAAAGUGUGACAGAAGGGUAGUGAGAAGUCCUAAAAAUCCAAUAAAUAGUUACACUCAAAAGCGUUGUUUUUAGACUAAGGUGUAUUAUAGUACAUAGAACAUUAGCCCGAAUACUAUUCAAGGGCUAAAAUAUUUUUCACUGUAAGUUUGAAUUUAUUUAAUUAGUGGUGGGAUUCAUUGUUAUUUACAACAAUGGAGUGUUGCGGCCAAAUCUAUUCAUUCGCUUGGAAUUGCUUUUGGUGGAUUUGCUGGCAGGACAUGCCAAAUAUCCAAGUGGCUGAGAUAAUGGACGGGAAAAAAAUGUUAUUCUUCAAACCAGUCAACCAAGGACAAGAGAAACACUGAAUCUCUGAGUUACUCUAAUGUGGGCUGGUUAACCUAACCUCCGCAAUGUGCUUCCUGCUUUAUCUGUAUAUAAGGCCAGGUUUGACAGUGCACACAGCACUUAGAUACGUCUUUAUAGCUCAUGUGAAAGUUGACUCUUCUAUAGUAAACUGCCCACAAAAAAUGGCUUGUUAUUUUAAUUUAAUUUCCCUUGUUAUGUUGCUCUGCAGUAUUCUCCCAAGGUUUUCAACUGAUGAAGCCAGUCAUAUAAACUCCCGCUCUGUCAGAGAACUGCUUAUCUCCUCAUAUCAAGAUGCAGCCUCGCUCCACACUCGAAAACGACAAAGGUCACCCUCGUCUUCCACGCAUGUGUUUACUUUCCUUCGACAACCCGACCCUGAGACCCUGGAGAUUUCCCGAGCUGCAGAGGUUUUUCAAACAACUCUGCAAGUCCUGAAGAACAGCGUGAGACAGAGAUAUAAAAGGGAUGUCACGGCAACAGAGUUGCUUUCCUGGGAGGACGUGGAGCUGAUUGCAGAGCUUUCUCAAUGUCCUCCUCCAACACAUCCAGCCAUCUGUCUGCAAAGUCAUCUCAACAAGUACCGCUCUAUAUCUGGCAUCUGCAACAACAGGCAAAAUCCUCUCUGGGGAGCAGCCAACACUCCCUUGGUCAGGUGGCUUCCAGCUGAAUAUGAAGACGGAGAGAGAGAACCCAAAGGUUGGAACCGAGGACGGCUCCAUAAUGGAUUCCAACUUCCCUCGCCGUGGGAAGUCAGCAAGAAAAUAUUGAGGAGCUCCGUUAAACGGCCAGAUGAUGUCUAUUCUCACAUGCUGGUGGAUUGGGGCCAGUACAUCGACCAUGACAUAACCUUUACCCUUCAAAGCAAAGGCAGUGCUGAGGUGGACUGUUUUAACACAUGUCAAAAUGUGCAUCCAUGCUUUCCCAUUGAGACAGGUGAUGCUAUCACUGGUGCACAAGGCUGCAUGCCUUUUCAUCGCUCCAGACCAGCCUGCAUAGUCAAUUUUGGAUCAAGUAUUCGUCAAGCUCUGCAGUUACAACAGAUAAAUGCCAUCACAUCAUUCAUCGAUGCUUCACUUGUGUAUGGCAACACUCCAAGGCGGGCUGGCUUCCUCCGUGACCUCUCUGGCCUCAAUGGGAAACUUGCUGUCAACGAUCAAUUCAGAGAUCCCAAAGGAAGACCCUACCUUCCAUUCGUAGCCUCUCUGCCAUCAGCCUGCAAUCAGAACCCGCACGGGGAGAGAGUGGAUUGUUUCAAUGCUGGAGACACUCGCUGUAAUGAGGAUCUUCCCCUGAUCGUUCUGCAUACAGUGUGGCUUAGGGAACACAAUCGGAUUGCAGAGGCACUGAAACGCAUUAAUGGUCAUUGGAACUCAGAGACUAUUUACCAAGAAACUCGCAAAAUUAUUGGAGCUCUGCAUCAGAUCAUAACCAUGCGAGAUUAUGUUCCAAAAAUAAUUGGCCAGGAGGCUUUUGAACAUUACAUUGGACCCUAUGGUGGAUAUGAUCCAACUACAGACCCCUCAGCUGCCAAUGUGUUUGCCACCGCUGCGUUCAGGUUCGGCCACGCUACCAUCUCUCCGAUCCUCAGCAGACUGAACGAGAGCUUCCAGAAGCAUGAGCACUUCCCCCACUUGAGAUUGGACGACACUUUUUUCAGUCCAUGGAGAAUAGUCAAACAAGGUGGAAUUGAACCAACUCUGAGAGGUUCAAUUGGAACUGCAGCAUCAGCUGUCAGCGCAAACAUGCUGAUGACAGAGGAGUUAACAGAGAGGCUGUUACUCUUGAAUGUGUCACAGCACAUGGACCUGGCUUCAUUGAACCUACAGAGAGGACGUGAUCACGCUCUCCCAGGAUACAAUGAUUGGAGAUCAUUCUGUGGACUGAAGCGGAUCAAGACACUGGAUGGUUUCAAAGAGGUUGUAAGAGACAACAGGGUUGCCGAGAAGAUAGCACAACUAUACAAACAUCUUGACAAUAUUGAUGUAUGGCUUGGAGGGCUUGUUGAGAACAUGUUGCCAGGCUCAAGAACUGGUCCCCUCUUUGCUUGCCUGAUUGGAAAGCAGAUGAAAGCACUUCGUGAUGGCGAUAGGUUUUGGUGGGAGGCUGAAGGAAUAUUCAGCCAGCAACAGAAGGCUGAGCUUAUUAAAGGUUCUUUGUCUCGCAUCAUCUGUGACAACAGCGACAUAAGGGAAGUUCCUCCUGAUUCUUUCAGGUUUGGGAAUUACCCCUAUGAUUACAUCUCUUGUGAUCAAAUGCCAUCGAUUCAUUUGGAAGCUUGGAGAGAGGAGAAGAGUCAAGACUUAGAACAGUGUGGUACUCCAAGAAAGAUAAAGAAUGGGGAUUUUAUUUUGUCCUCUGCAUAUGGCAAACUGGUCGCUUUGUACUCCUGUUACCAUGGUUUCAAGUUAAAGGGUGCUGCUGCAAUAGUUUGUGAGGGAUGUCGGUGGAGUGAUCCACCCCCACAAUGUAAAGGGAAUCAUCACUAAGUUGUUGAGAAUGCAGCGGAUCAAGAAAUGCUUCAAGUUAUAUAACCAAAAGAAACCUCAGGAAAACAUUGCUGAAAAAUGAUUUUGUUGACUAACAGUAUGUUUUUAAAAAAAAUGUAAUAAGACAUUUUUGUUUAAAUCAAACCUUAUUUUAAUUUUAAUAAUAACUGCUAAUAUUCUUUAAUCUGUUUUGUAUUUGGUAGACUUUAACUUUAAUUGCAGUAAGUUGAAUUUUGCUCAAUAAAAAUAUAUACACCUAACUUUAAAUGCAAGCCAUUUUCGUCAUUCUUUUCUUACAAUACAUUGCACAAUUUAUACAAGGCUUUAUUUGAAAUGACUUUUUCAGUGCAGCUUUUGCCGUUCUUAACAUGGCAUAACUUUUUUUUUUUAUAAGAUGUCGAUAUCAGCUUCCGAAAACAACAUUAAACAGCCGCACAUUUUUAAUAAAUCACCAUGACACUUGGAUAGUUCUCAUACGCUAGCUCAUCGUGCAAUAUUUUCUUCAGAAAAGUUAUUGCUAAUAAAGCAGCAGAAACAUGAUAUGAUAAACCACCUAUAAUAAAACAGGAAAGUUAUUCUGUUUUGAAAUCUGGCCAAAUUAGUCAUACCUGUUACUUAACAUGAAAAUGAUUGGUGUCCUGGUCUGCCUUGCAGUGUAACCUGAGAGCCGAACAUGACAUAACUGUAAGUUAUCUAUUUUUUAAGUUUUGUUUCCUUUUGUUUCUCUUGUAUGCAUGUAUGCUUGAUUGUGGUGAUUGU